AUGCACUCUCGCUCUCUGGUUUCUGGUCUCCCCAGGACUCUGCCUGCCCUCCCUCCCUCGCCUGCGCCUCCUUGCAUUCCCUGCGUCGAGGGGCGGCAGCGCGCCGCUCCUCAUUCCUCCUCGUUCCCUCCCACAGAGGCUCCCCUGCAGACUCUCCACCUGGACGUGUGGGGCCCAGCCCGCGUCCGUGGACAGGGCCACGAGCGGUACUUCCUGCUGGUCGUCGACGACUUCACGCGUUACACCACGGUCUUCCCCUUGCGCAGCAAGGGUCAGGUCCCUGAUGUUUUGAUCCCUUGGAUCCGCGCUGUUCGUCUCCAGCUCCGCGAGCGGUUCGAGAGGGACUUUCCUGUCCUGCGUCUGCACUCUGACAGAGGUGGUGAGUUCACCUCCGACCUCUUGGCGGCCUACUGUGCGGAGCACGGCGUCCGCCAGACGUUCACGCUUCCGGCCUCUCCGCAGCAGAAUGGGGUUGCUGAGCGCCGCAUUGGCUUAGUCAUGGAGGUCGCUCGUACCUCCAUGAUCCAUGCGGCUGCCCCUCAUUUUCUGUGGCCGUUUGCGGUCCGGUACGCCGCGCAUCAGCUCAACCUCUGGCCCCGUGUCUCCUUGCCGGAGACCUCGCCCACACUGCUGUGGACGGGGAAGGUUGGCGAUGCGUCGCGUUUCCGGGUCUGGGGUGCUCGUGCCUUUGUCCGCGAUACCACUGCGGACAAGCUCUCCGCCCGCGCUAUUCCCUGUGUCUUCCUUGGCUUUGUCCCUGACGCGCCUGGUUGGCAGUUUUACCACCCCACCUCGCGUCGUGUCUUUGCGUCUCAGGACGUCACGUUCGACGAGUCGGUUCCCUUUUACCGUCUCUUCCCCUACCGCACUGCCCCUCUCCCUCCCCCGCCGCUCUUCCUCGCUCCAGGUGCUCCCCAGGUCGACCCUCUCCCCGCUCCAGGUCCUGCUCCCUCAGGUGUGUCUCAGGUAGACCCUCCUCCCUUCCCUGCGCCGGUUGAGGUCACUGGUGACUCAGGUCCUGCUGGGGGUGGUCCUGCUCGGGGUGCUACUUCUGGGGGUGCUGAGUCUGGGGGUGCUGGGCCUGGGGGUGCGGAGCCUGGGGGUGCGGAGCUUGAGGGUGUAGAGCCUGGAGGUGCUGAGCCUGCGUGUGAGGGGUCUGGAGGUGCUGGAGCUGGUGGUUCUGGGGCUGCUGAGGGUGCGAGCGCUGGAGGUUCUGGAGCUGCUGGAGGUUCUGGUGCUGGUGGCGCUGGAGCUGCUGAGGGUGCUGGCGCUGAGGGUUCAGAGUCUGCUGUUGCGCGGUCUCCUUGGAGUAGCCGCCUUCGUCCACGUGUGCCUCUCACCUUGCAGCAGCUGCACGACUGGUACGGUCGCCGUCAGGGUCGCGCUGCUGGAGCCCGGGGCUCUACUGCUGGAGGUACUUCUGCUGCCGUCCCUGGAGCUAGGAGUGGUGCUGGUACUGUUUCUACUGGAGGUGCUGGAGUCGCUGGUCCCGGAGGUGCUCGUACUGGAGGUACUGGAGCUGCUGGGGCUGAGGGUGCUGCGUCUGGAGGUGCUGCUGCUGGAGACACCGAGGCUGGAGACCCUGGGACUGGAGGUGCUGGUUCUGGGGGUGCUGCUGCUGGAGACGUGGAGGCUGGAGACCCUGGGACUGGAGGUGCUGGUUCUGGGGGUGCUGCUGCUGGAGACGUGGAGGCUGGAGACCCUGGGACUGGAGGUACUGGUUCUGGGGGUGCUGCUGCUGGAGGCACUGGGGUUGGAGACCCUGGGCCUGGCGGUGUCGGUUCUGCUGCUGGAGCUGCUGGAGCUGCUGGAGCUGCCGGUCCUGGUGCAGCUGCGCCGCCACGACUGUUCUUCGCUCCGCCGUCUCCGUCGUCUCUGCCGUCGCCUGACUCUGUUCUUCGUCAGGUUCUUACUCUCCCGUCGUCUACUGGUCUUCCGUUACAGCCUGGCUCACCGCUGCCUGCUCCUUCUCCUUACACUGAGCAGACAGGUAGUCUUGCUGAGCGUCGUGAGCCUGCGUCGCGUCCUGUCUCGCCUGUUCGUCCUAGUCGUACCGGUCGUCGUGUUCCGCGUCCGCGUUCGCCGCCUGUCCCCACCGCACACCUUGUCGUCCGUCGUCCUUCCUCUGUUCCGCAGUCUGUUUCUCUGCCGUCUCCUCCUGCGUCUUCCUUGCCUCACGUUCCGGACCCUGAGUCUGACCGGUUUCGUGCUGAGCACCCUACUGUCACGCGUCUGCUCGCCACUGUUGUCACUGACCCCUCGUUUGAGUCUGCUGCUGCGACUGCUUUGGUUGCUGAGCUUGUUGACUUUGCGGCUGCCUGUCGUCUAGACUACGCUGCUAGUCUUGUCGCUGAGUCUGAGUCUGUCUGUCCUCCGUCCGUCGGGAGUGAGUGUGCUCUUAGCACGGACGUCCUUGAGGACAGGCACGAGGACCUUGAGUGUCUUGCAGCCGCUGCGCCUCAUCUCGUGACCAUGCUGCUUGCCCCUGAGGGAGACCCGGAUGCACUAGACAUCCCCACCCCGCGCUCGUACGCUGAGGCGGUCGCGGGUCCCUACUCCUCUCAGUGGCAGGCAGCCAUGGACGCAGAGAUGGCAUCCUGGAAGUCCACAGGCACCUACGUCGACGACGUUCCCCCUCCUGGGGCGAACAUCGUCAGUGGCAUGUGGAUUUUCAGGGUGAAGCGACCGCCUGGUUCUCCGCCUGUCUUCAAGGCACGUUACGUUGCUCGAGGUUUCAGUCAGCGAGAGGGGGUUGACUUCUUCCAGACCUUCUCCCCCACCCCGAAGAUGACCACUCUUCGGGUACUGCUGCACGUUGCCGCCCAGCGUGACUACGAGCUUCACUCGCUUGACUUCAGCACAGCUUUCUUGCAGGGCAGCCUGCACGAGGAGAUCUGGCUGCGCCGCCCACCUGGCUUCACUGGGUCGUUCCCUCCUGGUACCCAGUGGAGCCUCCGCCGGCCAGUCUACGGUCUCCGUCAGGCGCCUCGUGAGUGGCACGACACACUGAGGACUACGCUUGCGGCUCUCGGGUUUGCGCCCUCCACAGCUGACCCGUCACUGUUUCUGCGCACCGACACCUUGCUGCCGCCGUUCUACAUCCUCGUGUACGUCGACGACUUGGUCUUUGCCACUGCUGACACUGAGGCUCUCGCCCUGGUGAAGUCGGAGCUGCAGAAGAGACACACGUGCAUAGACCUGGGUGAGCUGCGCAGCUACCUUGGCUUGCAAAUCACCCGGGACAGAGCACGGUGCACCAUCACUCUGACUCAGUCACACAUGGUGCAGCAGGUCCUUCAGCGCUUCGGCUUCACCUGGUCCUCUGCACAGUCCACUCCUCUGGCUAGAGGUCACUCGCUCUCAGCUCCACCUUCGGACGAGUCCGUAGAGCCGAGUGGUCCUUACCCAGAGCUAGUAGGCUGCCUCAUGUACCUGAUGACUUGCACUCGUCCUGACCUUGCGUACCCUCUUGGCCUUUUGGCCCGCUACGUGGCUCCUGGUCGGCACCGAAAGGUGCACUGGGAUGCUGCGAAGAGGGUACUGCGCUACUUGUGCAGUACAUCGGGCAUGGGGCUCGUGCUUGGAGGACGGCGAGAGGUGGUCCUCACUGGGCACUCAGACGCGUCUUGGGUUGACGACCAGGCUACACAGCGGUCGUCACAGGGUUACACUUUCAGCCUCGGCUCUGGUUCUGUUUCGUGGCGUUCUACUCGCUCGUCUUCUGUUCUCAGCUCCAGUUGUGAGGCUGAGAUCUACGCCACCGCCAUGGCUGCUCAGGAGCUGCGCUGGCUCACGUACCUGCUGACCGACCUGGGAGAGCGGCCUCGUUCUCCUCCAGUUCUGUACGUUGACAACAAGGCAGCCAUUGCCUUGUGUGAGGAGCACAGACUGGAGCACAGAACGAAGCACAUCGCUCUGCGUUACUUCCUGGCUCGAGAGUUGCAGCAGCGUGGUCAGCUUCGUCUUGCACACGUGGCCACUCGGGCCAACACUGCUGAUAUAUUCACCAAGGCACUUCCGUCUGGUGAUCAUCAGCGCUUUUGUACCUUGUUGGGCCUUGUGCCUACGUUUCCACACUUGCUGUAG